AUGAAACCAUCCAAGCUCAAGCGCCAUCUACAGCAGAAACAUCCCAAUGAGGCAGAAAAAUCGACUGACUAUUUCAAACAUCAGGAGCUGUGUUUGGCCCGGCAGGCUAGUAUUUUUCGGCAGCAAGCAUCAGUCCCUGAGAGGUGUUUAAAAGCGUCAUAUUUGGCAUCACUCCACAUCGCGCGUGCAAAGAAGCCGCACACAGUUGGCGAAGCAUUAUUAUUACCAGCUACCAAAGACAUCGUCAAAGAGUUAUUUGGAGAGGAAGCGGCACGAAAGGUAGAUUGUGUGCCUUUGUCAGACAACACAGUAAGCAGACGCAUAGGUGAGAUGGCCGAUGAUAUUUCAUCACAACUUUUAGAACAGCUGCAAGUCAGUGAAUACUUUUCACUUCAGUUGGACGAAAGUACUGAUAUAGCGAAUCAAGCACAGCUAAUGGUCUACGUACGUUUUCUCGGUAAGGACAAAUUUAUUGAGGAACUUCUCUUCUGUAAACCCCUUGAAGGCAGAACCACAGGUCAGGACAUAUUUAAUAUGAUGGAUCAGUUCAUGACGGACAAUUCAAUAGACUGGUCUCGGUGUAUUGGAGUGUGUACCGACGGUGCUGCCGCUAUGACCGGUAAGCACAGCGGCGUCGUGACUCUGAUAAAAGAGAAAGCCCCCAACGCCGUUGCCACACACUGCAUGCUUCACCGUGAGGCUCUUGUGGCCAAGCGCAUUGAAGAUGACUUACAUCAAGUGUUGAAGGAUGUAAUAAAGACUGUGAACUAUGUAAAAUCACGCCCAUUGAAACACAGACUCUUCCGUUUACUCUGCAAAGAAAUGGGUGCAGAUUACGAGGGUUUGCUGCUCCACUCAGAGGUGCGCUGGCUUUCCCGCGGCGCCGUGUUAAGUCGCGUGUACGCGCUGCGCAAAGAGCUGAGAGAGUUUCUCUCUGAUGAAAACCUAGAACUUGCCAAAUGUUUUGAAGAUGACACUUGGAUACUGAAGUUGUCAUACAUGGCAGAUUGUUUCCAGCAUCUCAGUGUCCUCAAUCAGAGCAUGCAAGGACACAAUGUUCACAUACUGAAUGCACAAGACAAGGUGCGUGCAUUCAUGCAAAAAUUAUCCCUGUGGGAAAGCAAACUGCAAGAAGGAGUAACAGAAAUGUUUCCUCUCUACAACCAGGAGCGCAUCUCCUCCACUGCAGACAAUAUCACACCCAUAAUUCAGUCUCACCUGUCACAUCUUCAGGGCUAUUUUAAACAGUAUUUCCCUGAUUUGAACAACAACCACCUUGACUUUGUAAGGGACCCAUUUGCACCAGGGGUUGGCACUUAUCUGGAUCUGGCAGCCAAGGAGCAACUGAUUGACUUGUCAAAUGAUGGCGGGAGAAAAACAAGGUUCCCAUCUCUUCCUCUAUCAGAGUUUUGGAUGUCUGUGAGAGAGGACUACCCUAUGUUGUCAGAGAAGGCAGUAAAAUGUCUUUUACCUUUUGCCACAACUUAUUUGUGUGAAGCUGGAUUUUCAGCACUGAAAGUACUUCAGUCGAAGCACAGAGCCCGUCUGGAGGUUGAAAGCGACAUGCGUCUGGCUCUAACUAAAAUGAAGCCACGUUAUGACAAACUAUGUAGAAGCCACCAAGCUCAUCCGUCCCAUUAG